AUGAGCAGCCCUACCAAAGUGACGGCGAAGAUAAAAGUAGAAGUCCGGAUGGCCAAGUUUAGGCUGCGCGGAGUCAGCUUCAGCUGCAGCUUGAUCGUCGUAGCCGUGAUGUCUACCGUCUUGACUAUGUUCGAUGCCGCCAAGAUCUUGAUCCUCACGGUCUCGUGCCUGUCGGUCGUCAUCUGCAUGUUUAUCUUCUGGCCCUACUGCCGGGGCGGGUACCGAAAGCGCAACAGCAACGACAACAAGGACAUGUGGGGAUGGUCUUGUGCCCAGACGCCGCGCGCAGAGACGUUCGAAGACGACGUCGACUAUUCGCUGCUCUGCAGGCUGCAGGACUGGACUUUGGUAUGCAUCAUUAUUUUGAUGAGGAUUGUAGACGCAAUCGUCCUCCGAACGGUCCAGAACUCGGCUGCAACGCUGACAGUUGCAGUACCCAUCCCGGCGCCGUACAGACCGGCGGCUGUUUAA